CUUCCCUCUGUCACCUCGUCAGUUUGAGCUUCAAGGUCAAGAGCGUAUAUGAUCCAACAGGAAGUUUUGACUGCUCACCCGUCCUCUUCCAAGGACCGCUUCAACAUCAAACCCUCUUUUUCAAGGGAUCCUGCCCGGUCACGGCACACUCCGCUGAUGGAGGGUGCCAGUUACGACCAAGUGGUGCAUAAAUCUGUCCAAUAUAGGCAGCAUCCGGGAACCAUUCUUCCUCGGAGUUUGGUUCUCAUCUGUCCUUUGCCCAACCGUUACAUCCUGGCUCAUCUAAAGGGCUCAAGCAUACGUACGGUGUCUGUUGUAGUGUAAGUGCCCGCAAAUGGGUCGGAUCUCCAAAUGCAACACCGA